AUGCAGAUAGUGUUUACUGCUUGAAAAUAAAGCGUCCAACAUUGAAAAGAACAAGAAAUCAUUCCAUUACAGAACACAACAUGUUGUUGUUUCCUGUUUCAGGAUCAGGAUUCGUUCAGCGGGCGUUUCGACCAGCAGCAGUCAUUUGUUGGCCUGCUGACAGACGUCCACAUGUGGGACUACAUGCUGUCUCCCUGUGAGAUCCAGAGGUGCACCAACCAGAUUAACUUCACCCCCGGCGACAUGCUCAAUUGGAAGGCCUUGGACUUCCAGACUACAGGCAGAACAGGCAGUCAGACUGUAAACAUUAUCACUCAAACAAAUAAUAAUCAAGUAUCUAUUAUGCUAUCUGGUAACUUUCCAUAAUUGUGUAAAUUGAAAAGGCCACAUCACUAUAUGUCUUUCAGUUUUGCUGACAGUAUACCAUAAGAAACUGACAAUGUAA